CUCGUUACAUUCGUCGGGAUUCCGACUACCUAUGAACAUUCAGCGUUGACAUUAACGUGCAUCCCCGCAGUCCGCGGCGGCGGGGGCGGCAGAAGCUCGACGUUGAUCGACGUUGUUCAAUUUGUGUUUACUUGUUUCGUCAUGAUCAUGAUCACGAUCUCGUCUCUCAUCACUAGGAAUGGCAGCCGCCUCAUUUGCAGAAAUCCCGCGUCGAGCACCUCGCCCUUGGUCAGACGUAUGAAUCAAGUUGAGCCGAACCAGUGCUUUGGACGGUAUCUAUUGAAGGAACGCCUCUUCAAGGGCAUGAGUCCACCAAUAACCUCCGAGCCCGGUGUCCAGAAACGAUUCUCCAGCGUCAGAGCAGAGGAAGCGAACCCCUAGGCGGGAAGGAUGCGGCUGCUGCACAAAACACGCAAACGCCCAAACGCAAGCAAGACAAACCUGGUCCUCGCCUACUUACUCCGUGAAAUCCAACAAGUGGACCACAACCACCGAGGAACAACCAGGCUCGCACUCGCAUUGUGGAGCGGGCGGGCGCCUCCCUCUCUCGGACACGAGCUAUUGUUGUUCUAGGUACUCUCCUACCAAAUCUAUCUAUCAAUCCUUCCCAGCCUCCAGGGCCUCAAUAAUCUAUCCAUCUAGUCGUGCGCCCUGAGUUUGGAGUUCAAAAAUACCCCUCGGUCCAACUAGCGCCUCACCACGUCGUUGCCGUGCCACCGUGCUACAUUCCGCCCGCUUCCUCCGCUGCGAUUGGAGUCUGCAACCCCACCAGUGACCGCUGCAUCAAGUACCUAGAACUUUGUCUAAUGUGCCAAUAUCGCUCUCAGGCCAAAGUGGCUUGACAUGGAAAAACUCAAAGGGACAAGAACGUGCACUGCCCACAUUGUUGGAGCCCUUGAGCGAAAACCACACUGGCUGCGGACUAAGCCAGAGGCCCCGCCGCUAUCGCGCCCACUCACCAUUCUAUCAAUGCGCUUGUGUGGGUUUCGUCGGGCGAUUGAGGAAGCCACUCAAGUGCACUCGAACCGCCCCGCCAUGAUCCCUGACAGAAGCGGUCCCGUUUCGAUCUUCAUUGCUGCUUGCCGACAUGCUCCCUGUCCGUCCAAGGUCCGGUUUGCAAGUUGCGCGAAGACUGAUAACGCAGCAUUUGUACUGGCAGUCCUAAAAGAAGGCGCAUCGUGCUGCCCCAAACCGAGAAAUGAGACUCAUGUGACAGACAUGCUAACAGGCGAAAGAGGGACUAAGAAAACUCUUUCGCGAUGCAACACCCAAGAUGGAGCAUCGAGGUGGAUAUUCCUUUCUCGAUCCACAGUGUUGAAGCUGGUAAACCCUCGUUCGCUGCUAUCGAUCGCCGGCGGUAGGUCUCCAUAAUACUCCCGCUGCCAACCCCCGUCGACCCGCGCCAAGCCCCAUCUCCAAGUUUGACCAGCAGUCAUCUUCACGGAGCCAUCCUCGGGACCAAGUACAUCCCUUCCAUUGAAGACAACACUACCAAAGCUCGUCACUAUACUUCCAAAAACUACGACGUGCUUAUCCAAUGCAUAUACCCGUGCCGUUCUGUUCUU